UGGUUCAGUCCACAACAGGGGCGGAUUGACCAUUUGGAAACUCAGGCACUGCCCAAGGGCCCGGGGUCAGUAGGGGGCCCCAUAAGAUGCCCCUGGUACCUUUUUCAUAAGGUUUUUUGAGUUUGGGCAAGGACACAGGGGCCCCUUGAUCCCCUAUUGCCUGGGGGCCCCAUGAGUUGUCAGUCCGCCCCUGGUCCACAGUGUGUAUGACCAGGUUUAUACUACAGGAGAUAGGUGUGGACAUU